AUGUCAUUACUGCCAUUAAACACCUUGUCCGAGGCAGGAUGUCUUUUCAUCGAAGCACGAGUUUUGGGAAAUCCGGGUCAUGUUAUAUCACAAAUUGGAUUGACAAUGGAUGCUCCAAACACAUCGAUUGCUGUUUUUUGUGAGUUUUUUUGGGGGGAUUUCGAAAUUUUCAAAAAAUAUUGUGAAAAACAAAAAGUAAGCCUAAAGUUUAAAAGUGAUAUCUGAAAAAUAAUUUUUUACAACAUGGCUCGUUGGAAAACUAGAAUUUCUCUCUGAAAAUCACAGUUCUGAAAUAAUAAUUUUUUAGAACUGUGUUUCAGGUCCAUUCUAAAAUCUCAGCAUAAUAUUUUUUUUUUGAAAAUAAAACUAGAAAUCAAAUUUUUUGCAACGUGACCCAUUGGAGAAAUUUAAUUUCCAACCAAAUAGAUCAAAUUAUUUCUUUUUUCCUUCAAACGUCACGAAAAAUCCCAAAAAGUACAAAAGAAUAUUCAAAUGUUGCAUCAAAUCCAUCUGCUACAAGAACCCAGAUGUUUGAUAUUCUUCUUCAUCUUCCCAUAUCUUCUUUCGUUUUCAUUUUUCUCAAAUAUGUCAAAACUCUUGGGAACACUUUAGUUUCCAUCAGUUUUUCUUCUUACAACUAGUAUACUCCAUUGCAAAAGCAGCAAAGUAAAAAAUAAAGAUAAACAACACGGGAAAAAUCAAUUUUCGUUUCCGCAAGAAAAACUGAAACCUGACACUAUCUACAAACAAAAACCAGAAGAAAUUUUUUCUAUUUUCAUUCUACCCCCAAAAAAACUGGAGAAGACAAUAAUGGAAGAGAAAUUCAAUUCGAUUUCUCCCGGAAAACGCACUUUUUUUCUGUUUUCGUUGUUGUUGGAAAAUAAUUGAUGAAGCUUAGGCCUGGGGGUGAAAAUAAAAAUAUACUUGUCAACUGUUUUUUUGUGGAGCCCAAGAGAAACGCGAAAGGAAGGAAAGAGUAAUUAUUUGCGACCUCGAAUUUUCUCGUUGACGACACUUUUUUGAGGAGAAAUGAAUUAUUGAUGUGGCAAAAAGUAUUAGGAGAGUCGUUUAGUAGUUUUUUUUUGAGGCAUGAGGAAAUUGAGGGGAAAGGAAUGUUUUUUUUUCAGAAAAUACAUUAAGAAUAUAAAAACAUUUUAGGGUUAGAAAAGAUUUUAAAACUUUUUGGACACCGGUGAUUUGAUUUCGAGAUUCAGACAAAGUUAGAGAACCAAAAUAUUAACAAAAAAACUGAAAUUCAUGAAGGUGGAACAACAAAAACUUUGGAGGCUCUAGGUACAGCUACUUGAGAACUAGCCGCCCUGGGCGCUGAUCCUUGACCAUACAUAAAAUGGGUCCCCUGAAUCGGGGUGAGGGGCUUAACUUUUUUCAUAAAUCUGAAGGGAAGGGGUGCCUAACUUGGCCAAUUUUCUGCUGAUAAUUUACCAAAAUUCCCAGAUUUGUCCAAAAUUCGCUCAAAAAUGUGAGGCAGGUGUUUAACUUUGGAAAAUUUUCUAGGCGCGGUUACUUAGUGUUGAAGUUCUCGGGGAACCUAUUUUAUGUAUGUCCUUGACAAUUCAACUUUCUUGGCGCGACUACUUGAAAACUAUGAUUUCUAGGCUCGGCUUCUUCGCUUAUAAGCUUCACAAUUUUUAAUUUUAGAACCAAGAUUUCAGCCGAGAUGUGUUGAUUUUUUAUUUGAUUUUUCUCUAAAUAUUGUUGCAAAAUCUCAAAAACUGCCCUUUCUUUAGGAAAAGGGCCUUUUUUAUACCGUGUACUUUUCGGGCAUCCUUGUUUAAAUAUUUUUUCUAAAGAUAGAUACAUCCAGAAUCCUAACUGCAAAAUUCCCCCAUUUUGAAAAACAUGUCAUAGUUUCAGCCGAUUAUGCAAAACUGUGCGACCACUCAAAGUCCAACGAAAAAAAACAACAACAAUAAAAUAAUAGAGAAAAAGAGAGUGUAGAGAAAUAUGACCGGCGGCAAUAGUAAUAAUAAUUACGGUAGUGUGUAUGUAAAUCAUAUUCAAAACAAACAUCCAUCAUUCACACCUCUCAAUUUCAUGUACCUCUCAAUUUCAUGUACUCUCUAUUCUAGUUUACCUGUAUGCAUAUUUAUUUCAUUUCUCUCUCUCGGAAAAACCAUCUUCUUCUAUGUCUCUUCAUUUUCUCCGAGAACAACAUAUGCCUGUCGGGCGUUUUUGACUGUCUGCGUCUGCGAUUCUCUCGUCUUUGUAUCAUUGCUAAAGAGUAGGAGAGAAGAGAACACAUUUUCGCUCUUCUUCUUCUUUUUUUUAAUUCCCGGCACCCAUGGAUGCUGCUGAAAUCGAGCUUGUUUUCAACUCGAAUUCAGAUAUUGUUCUAUCUUUAUUCUCGCCUUUUUCACCGACAAGAGCAACACUAAAAGGUGAUUUUUCUUUCUUAUUUUUUUCUCAAAAAGGUUUUUUUUCCUGAAAAUUCUCAACUUUUUAUGUGAUUUCGUAUAUAUCAAACAUCUGGGAUGUGCCAGCUGUUAGUUGAGUUGAUGAAAACAUCACCGACGAAAAAAAUAAGAACAAAAAAACUUCCAAUUCUUCUUUGAAGCUAUUAAAUGUUACCUCGUUUUUGUGUAUUUACCUAGAGUGGAAAAAGAGUGGAGAUAAGAAGAACAGCCGAAAUACAAAAAAAAUGAUAAAUAAAUAUUUGAGCGCAUAAUAUUUGGAAAAUAGUAAAAAUUGCACGGAGUUUGAUGAAAAACUUGGAUUUUUAAAAUUAGAGUGAACGGGGCCGAAAAACACAGUGUUACUACCUAAAUUUUCUGGGUCUCUAAUUUUUUCAAAUCUUUUCUGGUAGAUCAAAAAUAUAUUUCUUCAGACCUCUAAAAUAUAUAAAAUAUUGUUUUUUUUCAUCACUGAAAAUAUUUAAAUUCAAAAGUUUUCAAAAAAAACAAAAAAGAAUUCACCAGUCUUCCUCAAACCUCAACAUUCUGAAAUUUUUUCAGCUCGAACAAGUGGUGUUCUCCUCGUCGCCGGUGUUGGUUCAUUUUUUGCAUACCGUGUUGCCACUAACUUCCUCCACAAUCGCAUUUUUUGGGAAUGUAUGGAAACACGACAUUUUGAUCGGAUACCAACUGCCGAUCGACGAUUAUUGUAUUCUUUUGUGAGUUUUUUUUUGAUUUUUGUUUAUCACUCACGGAAAAAAUAUCAAAUUAGUGAGAUCUGUUCUGAUCUGAGAUGAGAUGUCAAGUUGAUUUACGUUUGUUGCAAAUUGACUGACAAUGAUCAGAAAACUUUUUGUUCUCAAGUAUGUGCGUUUUGCUAAAAGAAAAAAUGGGGAAAAGAUAAUGUUUGUGGUUUGACGUGCUUUUUUUGAUUUUUGAGUUAGGAGAGUUUUUUGAACCGGAUUAUUGUUUUCGAAAAUAAGAAGUUGGGAAAUUUGGAAAAAAAUAUUAGUUCAGAAGAAUCAUAGAGACUGAAAGCUUGAAAACCUUGCAUCAAUUUUGAAAAAAAACAAACGUUUCUCUUCACAAUUUUUAAAAAUGGUUUAUCCAAAAAGUACUCAAAUUUUGACAUCAGAAUUUCAGAUUCAUGUUAAAUAUUGUAUUUUUUCUUAAAAUUCAAAAAGUUCUUCUACAUUUCUGACCAAUAUCAUCAUUUUUGACUCAAAUUUCAUAUCUUCUUGUCGCAACUUUUGUCUAGUCAGGUGUCCUCUUUUCACCCGCUUUCAAAACCAAAAGGUGUCAGUUUUCCACAAUUGAUUAAUUGUUACACCGUUCCGUUCAUUAUUAUUUGAAUAAAUUCAUCAUUUUCCAGAAUGUUGAAGAAGAUGAAGAAGAGAAUAAAGAAGAAGAACAAGAACAAGGGGUUACGAAAUCAGAAAAUGAUGAGCAGAAAAGUGGAAAAGAUGAUGAUUCGAGAAGUAUUCGAUCGUUUUCAAUGAGUCAGGUAAGAAGAUCGGAUGUCAAAAACGGGGUUAAAAAUAUAUUGAGUAAAAAUGCACGUAGAAUUUAUGUAGUUGAAGAAAUGAAAAAUAUUCGUUAUGGAUCCGGAUUGGAUUUUGAGAUAACUGAGUUCGAAAAACAAGCUUUUCUUUAAUUCAAUUUAGAAAACCAGGAUUUAUUUUGGAAAAAAACUAUUAAAGCUACGUUGGUUUUUCGAUGUUUUUUCUCCGAAUUUAGAAACUAAACAAUUUAAGUUUAGGUUCACCGUCAAGUUUUCUUUGCUUGUGAGAAAUUCGGGUUUUUUUCAAUGUAGGCUAUAUGUUUUAAAAUCAUCUCUAUCUCUCUCUUAAAUUUCAGUUCAUCUUCAACCUUCUUACAUAUUUUUUCCCAACAAAAAAACUGGAUUUCUUUUCUCUGAUUUAUCACCUCCCGAAAUAACAAUCGAAAAAAAUAAAAACAAACCCAUUAAAUCGAAGGUCAAUCACCCAAUUUCAGCAUUCUCUAUCUCGUCUAAAUCGUGUCCGAAAAUCGACAAAACAACUUCGCGGACUCUUAGGAAGUCUCAACGAAAAACCGACGUCGAGAAAUGCUGGAAUUUUGAGCCGACAAAGUUCAAGAUCAAUCAAAUCGGCAACAUCGAAUCUUUCAAUUGUAUCAGCCUCAUCAACAAAAUCAGCAUCGCUUCGAAUUGUUUGGGAAGGAAGUCAACCAACUUGGGAUGAUUCGGAUAUGAUUGCUGGAACAUCAACGAAUUCAAUUGUCCAACGUGUUCCACCAACUGUUUUGUCAAGAUUGGGACACGUGGCAUCAACAAGUUCCCUGAGAAAUGUUGAAGGAUCAGUUGGUGAUUUGUGUAGCGUAUUCAAUGAUGUGAGUUUUUUUUCUUCUUUGAAUUUUAGAAUAAAUUAAAUCAUGUUUCCGGAUUAGUUAUAGCGUGGGAAAGAUUAAAUAAAUAAAUAAAUCACGUUAUUUCACGAGAUUUCUUAAAAUUGUAGUCUGCAAUUCAUUUCAUUUCCGGAUUAUGACUGAGAGAUCAAAAAAUUGAUUUUCCUACUCCCUGAAGUUCAAACUUUUUUGAAAAAAAUAUCAAAAUUUCUGGUUUCAGGUAAUGUCUGUUACUUCAAUGGUUGAAGAAGAUUAUCUGCCUGAUGUUGAUGAAGAAGAACCAGAAACAUCGGAAGGAAUUUGGCAGAAAUGUCAAGUUGAUAAUAAUAAAUAUAUGUAUCAAAGUUUUGCCGAUGAAACGGAAUCCGAAAAAGAAUCACCUGGAUCUAGAAUAUAUAACGGACAUCCUAAGCAUCCAGAAGAACAUCAAGAUGUUGAAGAUCUUCUAACUCCACAAGAUCCAAUGAUUCGAAGUAAUAAUUCGAAAAGAAGUCGAUCGAUGUAUGAUAGCGCGAUUGGUGGAGAAAUAUCAUCGGAAGAAGGAUCGACAUGUCCGACAAGAUUAUAUGCAUUGAUGGAGGGAGAUAAUUUAUCGAUUAUUGCACCAAGUUGUGCAAGUUUGGAAUGGUGUGAUGAUUUAGAUCGACAGAAUCAUCGAUUGGAUUGGGAUUAUGAGGAAGAAGAAGUAGAAGAAGAGGAAUAUCGAGUUGCUUCAAGUUCGGUAGGUUUUUUAAUCCUAUAGAAUUUAUGGCCAAAUGUUUCGAUUCUAGUUUUUGGUAUAAUUUUGUAUAAAAAAAGUUUUUAAAUCGUACCAAAAUUUUUUUCGAAUAAUACGAUUCUCAAAACUUUGAUGCAAAAUCUGAGCCCCUCGAGCUUUUUUUGAGCCGAAUAUCUGCUAGUCAAUGACAUUUGGCCAGGAAAUUAUAUUUUUCCGAACUUCAGAAAUAUCAGAACAUCAAAAAUUAAAAAAAAAAUUCAGAAGUUCUAUUUUUAACUAUAAAACCAGCCUGUUAUGGGCCAGCAGAAAACAAUUUUGAAAAAAAAAUAAAAUUUGAAUUUUUUGAUCUCAAAAAUCCUCCAAUGAUCCUAAAAACCUUGAUUUUUUUCCAAAAAAUAAGAUAAAUAUAUAUUUCAGCUGAUCGAAAUCAACUCUCAAUAUGCUCCAAAAUCAUCUCGAGAUCUAAUGGUUAUGGCAUGUGAAAUGUUCCAACCCUAUUCUCCACCUUUCAAAGUAAGUUUUAUUUUUUUCAUUUCUGCCAAGAACCCCUCAAAAGUUGUGUUGUUUUUAUCAAUUAUUCAUUCAUUCCGAUUUGCGACGCAUAUUUAUUUUUCCUAUAUACAUAUUUAAUAAUUCCUCAAAAUGACGUUUGAUCGUUUCAAAUACCACCGUGAUUAAUUUUGCAGCCUGAAUUUUUGAUAGUUUGAAAUACUUUGAACUUUGAAAAAAUACGGGAAAUUUGGAGGAAAUUAAACUUUUGCAACAUUUUCUUGGUUUGAAAACAAUGACGCUUUCGAAAUUUUCGUAGAGACUAAAUCCUAGAGAUUACUAGGUCGAUUUGUCAUUUUUGAAGUUUUUUUUUUGGGACAGAAACCACUUUUGAAUGAUGGAAAUCAAAAUUUUACAAACAAAAAACGUUUCAAGAAAUCUGAAAAAUCUGAAAAAAAUUAUGACGUGGAAAAUGGAAAUCUAGGCGCGGCUUCUGAUCAGGCUGAUUCUCUAGGCUCGGGUUCUUAACAAAUAGGUUUUUAAGGCUUGGCUGCUAAACACACAAUAAACCAAGAAUCUAUUAUUCAAUAAUAUUCUGAAAACAUCACAAACUUUGCCACAUACAAUCUAACUUUAUUUUUUCCAGCAAAUUCAAAAUCUCUAUCACAAACAUCGUUUAAAACGCAUUGGCCUUAUCAAUCCCUCAAACUCUUCGGAAUCGCUAUUCUCAUUGUUCAUCCGCUCCUGUCUCUACCACAAAUGCUCACUAUUGCGUGACGUGUCAUGGAGCUCUCUUUCAAAGGUUAGUUCAUUUUCUUCCUCCUAA